AUGACUGAAGCCGAAAAAGCAAUGCUGGGUGCAAAAAGACGCCAAGAGGAGGAAGAAGCUGUGAAACUUCAAGAGUAUGAAGAGCGACGUCGGGUUGAACGCGAGCGAGAAGAAGAGGAGUUGAGGAAACUUAAGGAAAAAAAAGAGCGAAGAAAACUGGAACGAGAGGAGGAAGAGCGUCAGUUCCAGGAAAAACUGAGACAAGAAGAAGAAAGAAGAAAGCAGGAAGAGGAGGAGCGUAAAGCGAAGCAGGAAGCCGAGAAACGCAAAAAAGAGGAAGAAAAACGAAAACGCCAACAGAUGUUGUCAUCGCAGUUUGCAAAUGCAGCCACGGGACAAACAGGAAGGAACUUUGUCAUUCCACAAAAGACAGACAGGGCUGAUAAAUUUGGCAAUAUUGUUCAGGUAAAUUCAUGGAAAAUUCACAACUAA